AUGGUGAAUGUGGAUUGUAGUUGUCAGCUCAUGUUGACUGCAAACACUCGACUGGUGGGCGUUUCGUUACGCGGUGCAUUUGUAGCCGCAUUGCAUACAACUUCUGCUGCAUGCGAUGCAUCCGCAGCCAACGUUCCAACACCUAUAAUUUCCAGUAAAGGUGCUUCAUUUCGAAAGGGAACCGGAGGACGAUGUAGUUUUUCUGGAAACGUGGUGACAGUUUUUGGAGCUACUGGUUUUUUGGGAUUACCAGUGGUUAAUCGACUCGCCAAACAGGGAACACAACUCAUUAUUCCAUAUAGACAGGACCCGUAUUGGGUUCGAGGGCAUAAGGUGGUGGGUGAGCUGGGUCAGAUUUUAUUCUUUCCAUUCGAAUUGAAAGAUGAAGAAUCAAUAAGACGGGCAUUGAAAUACAGCAAUAUCGUGGUAAAUAUGAUUGGUACAAAGCAUCAAACAAAGAAUUAUUCAUUCGCUGAAACGCAUGUGAAUGGUGCGAGGCGUAUUGCUCGCAUUGCUAAAGAAAUGGGUGUCGAAAGAUUUAUUCAUAUGUCGGCACUGAAUGCGACCACCCAUCCUAAGCCUGCGUUGCUGAAGAAUGGAUCUGAGUUUUUGCGAACGAAAGCCUACGGCGAGGAAGCGGUGCGUGAAGAAUUUCCGGAAGCAACGAUUAUCCGUCCGGCUCUAAUGUUCGGUGAGAAUGAUGGAUUCAUUCAAUAUUAUGUGUCACGAUGGAGAAAAACACCACUCGAUCGUGUAUGGCUUUAUAAAGCAGGCGAAAAAACAUUCAAAAUGCCUAUUUGGGGUGGUGAUGUGGCGAUGGGAGUUGAGAGGGUUGUUCUUGAUCCGACCACCAUCGGUAAGACGUAUGAGUUUGUUGGCCCGCAUUGCUAUCAGCUGUCUGAACUGAUGGAUUUCAUGUAUCGUAAAGCACAUUGUUUACCGCAAUUCGGCUUUCAUUACAAACGUCACGGUAGUAAAUUCAAUCCAUAUUUCAGAGCAUUAGUGAAUGCAUGCGAAUUGUAUGGCAAAGUGUUCAAAUGCAAUACACCAUUAAUGUGGGAAUGGAUGGAGGUGGUGGAAGGUACGAGCGAUGUGCUCACGGGCGCACCAACUCUUGCUGAUCUUGGUGUUAGACGACUUACUGAAUUUGAACUGGCUGGUGGACAACAAGCAUUCUAUAGAUCGUUCAAUCGUUACUACGAAGAGCAGUACGGUGAUUUGGAACCACCAAAGCUUCCGCUUCGAUCACCGCCCUUAUUUGCGAAGAAAGCUGCACCGAGUGGAAUCGUUACUGAAAGUAAACCAUUCGCUGUGAAUUUGAGCUGA